UGGUUUAAUUAUGCUCCGUGAAGCUUCACCAAUUACUGCUGUGGGCGGAGCCAGGCACGCGGUUCUAGUUCUACACUACAGAUCUUCACAAAAUACCGGUGUUGUGUCGAAACUGGUGGUGUUUGUCACCCGAGAGAACUGGAGGUGCCAAAGCUUUCCCUAAUUUCCUGUACAGUCUUAUCCACACAAACGCCAUCAUGAGUGUUGGGUUUAUAGGUGCUGGACAACUGACCUACGCCCUGGUGAGGGGCUUCACGGCAGCAGGAGUGUUAGCAGCGCACAAGAUUACCGCAAGUUCUCCAGAAACAGAGCUGCAGACAGUAGCUGGACUCCGGAAAAUUGGUAUAAACUUCAGUAAUAGUAAUAAGGACACAGUGAAGAACAGUGACGUCCUGUUCCUGGCGGUGAAACCCCCCAUAAUCCCAUUUGUGCUGGAUGAAAUUGGCUCUGAGCUAGAGGACCGCCAUAUGGUUGUAUCGUGUGCCGCAGGUGUCACCAUCAGCUCUAUUGAAAAGAAACUUAGCUUGUUUCAUCCAGCUCCCAAGGUGCUCCGCUGCAUGACCAACACACCUGUGAUUGUGAGGGAAGGGGCCACAGUCUACGCCACAGGGACCCAUGCAGCGGUUGAGGAUGGGAAGUUAUUAGAGCAGCUAAUGGCGAGUGUGGGCUUUUGCACUGAAGUGGAGGAAGAUCUGAUUGAUGCAGUCACCGGGCUGAGUGGCAGUGGACCUGCUUAUGCAUUUACAGCCCUAGACGCUCUUGCGGAUGGAGGAGUAAAAAUGGGUCUCCCCAGACGCCUUGCAGUUCGUCUUGGAGCUCAGGCCAUGCUGGGGGCAGCAAAAAUGCUUCUGGAAUCCGAGCAACACCCAAGUCAGCUGAAAGACAAUGUAUGUUCCCCUGGAGGUGCCACUAUUUAUGCUCUACACUUACUUGAGAGUGGGGGAUUCCGAUCUCUGCUUAUCAAUGCUGUGGAGGCAUCCUGCAUCAGGACAAGGGAACUCCAGUAUGUGGCAGACCAAGAGAAGAUCCCUGCAGCUGCAAUUAAGAAGACCACAUUAAGCCAAGUGCAGAGAGAAUCCCCAUCAGUUUCUACAGCCCCUCAGGGAGCCAAAGUCAGUCUGUUCAACAAGAAGUACUGAGUGGUCCCCUACUCAUAAAAAGCUAUAAUCCGAAGUGGAGUGGGCAAAUGCAGGAAUGUAUGUGGUGGUGAGACUGGGUGUUUUCAGGGGAAAGAAGGGUGUAUGUGAGAAUAGAAAGUGAAAGUGUUUUGCUUGGGAUUUUGUGUGUAGAAAUAUUUGAAUGAAUAGAGUGAAAUGAAUGGAUUGUGUUAUAUAAUCGGGGACGAUUUAUACAUCCUGGUCUCAUUUUUAAUAUUCUCUGUAAAAAGCAAAGUUUUAAUAUUUUAAUCAUUAUCUGCCAUGGUUUAUAUGCACAGAUCUUCAUACCAUUUACAGACUCUCACAUUAUUAUUAUUAUUAUAACAUUAUUUAAUGCUAGAAGAUAAAUGAGACUUUUUAUACUAAUUUUAAUUUCCAAAGCAGUAAAAUACCUCUUUAUUACAUGGGCUUCUUUUAUAUGAUUAUCUUUAGUAAAAUGAUUUUACACUCAUGACUUAAGUGUCACUUAGGGCUUGAUGAUGAAAAGUUUGCAGGCAUGGAGAGAAAUUGUGCAAACUCUUGCUUUUUUUCCAGCAUUAUAUUGAAAAGUAUGUACAGUAUCUGUCCUUCGCUUGCUGAAUCCUGUAUAUUGAGAUAAAUAGCUCUCAAGCUAAAUUUCUCCUUUCCAAAAUUAUUUGAGGGACUUCACAGUAAUCUUAGAUAAUCUUGCCUGAGCAGACCGCUUUAGAUCAUCAGACCCUAAUUGUAUUGUUACCAUUCCAUAACCCACAUACUUCGUGUCCUUCAUACUUUCUCUUCUUCCUUCUGCACAAUACUGUAGACCUGUCUCCCCCACCACGUGGAUCACACUGCAAAAUGAAACGGCUUUACACAUAGCAAACCAUUCCACUUCUGUCUGAUGGCUUUUUAAUAAAAGAAAUUAAUACUU